CUCACUCUGCCCGAUUGCAUGUGUGAUAGAAUACACAGCACAGGUGUGUUGGCUCUAACGCCUCAUCUCGGCUACGAAUCAAAACCUCAACCUCAGUCCUCGUGACCUUUUCCGUUAACCGAGUCUUAAGGCUAGGACACAGCAGUCUGCGGUACAAGAACCCGUGAUGGCCACGCACGGCAUCUUUCGAGAUGCCAGUGAACAAUUACAAUGGUCACGAGGUGGAGGAUAUUGGCGCGUUCCUUGGAGGAGGCGACGAUAAUGGAGGCAAUGAUACCCAAGCAGACAACGUUACAGCCAGCGAAGACGCUGAUAUAUUGAGUCUAACGACACGGAAGCAGAGAGUGAUGGCCAUGGGCCAGCUGCUGGCAAGCACCUCCCCUCCUUGUCGCUGAUACGCAGAAAGGAGAAAGGGAGGUGUGUAGAGUGGAAACAAUCAAAAUGAUGAGGAGUUACCCAUGAGAGGAGGCCGCCAGCUGUACAGAACGACACUGUACAGAUUGAUGUCUCGGAAAAGCCUACUACGACAUCUAUGCGCCUCGGAAGUGAGACACAGGC